CCCUUCCCCAAGCUCUCUCAUAAACCCUUUUCUUUCUCUGUCUCUGCUCUCUGUCUCUCUCAUUUCGUUUCGCUGGUGAUCGGCUUCCGUCAGGUACACGAUCUUCAUCUUCUUCUUCUCUCUCUCUCUCAUUCUUUGGCUGUGUAACUCUCAGAAAUUGGGGAAAAUGAAUUUCAAGAACGUGAAGAUUCCAAAUGUUCCGGGUGGUGGUGCGGCUUCUGCUUUGAUCAAGUUUGGAGCAAUUGCUGGGCUUGGCAUAUACGGAGCUGCUAACAGUCUCUACAAUGUUGAUGGAGGAAAUCGAGCUAUUGUCUUCAACCGUAUUAUUGGCGUCAAAGAUAAGGUUUAUCCUGAAGGAACGCACCUGAUGAUCCCGUGGUUUGAAAGACCAAUCAUAUAUGAUGUUCGUGCACGACCCCAUCUGGUGGAGAGCACUUCGGGUAGUCGUGAUCUCCAGAUGGUAAAAAUUGGUCUUCGAGUUCUUACUCGUCCUGUACCAGACCAAUUACCUACAAUUUAUCGGACUCUUGGUGAGAACUAUAAUGAAAGAGUCCUGCCUUCAAUUAUUCAUGAGACUUUGAAAGCUGUGGUUGCACAGUACAAUGCAAGCCAGCUCAUUACUCAGAGAGAGAAUGUUAGUAGGGAAAUACGGAAAAUACUGACAGAAAGGGCAGCCAACUUCAACAUUGCGCUCGAUGAUGUGUCCAUUACUAGCCUGACUUUUGGGAAGGAGUUUACAGCUGCAAUUGAAGCUAAGCAGGUGGCUGCACAAGAAGCUGAGAGGGCCAAGUUUGUUGUGGAAAAGGCUGAGCAAGACAAGCGAAGCGCUGUAAUCAGGGCACAGGGUGAGGCUAAGAGUGCCCAGCUGAUCGGCCAAGCUAUUGCCAACAACCCAGCAUUUAUCACACUCAGGAAAAUUGAAGCAGCGAGAGAAAUUGCACACACAAUCUCAAAAGCAGCCAACAAGGUGUUCUUGAGUUCAGAUGAUCUGCUGCUAAAACUUCAGGAUAUGGAUUUAACAGGCACCGGUGUGAAGAAAUAA